UAAAGGCCUGCGUAUUCAUUUCCCGUUCAGUUGCGGCAGUGACUUUUCUGUCGUUCUCGAAGGAUGGCAACCGAAGAGGUUGGUAUGGAGAGCACUUUACAGGAUGGAGGGUAUGAACGAAGUAGUGGAUUAUCAGAAACCACGACGGACUGGGAGACCGCAAAAACUCCCCAGAGAAACUUUUAUGGGUCAAUAGCCAUGACCUUUUUGAUCUUAGGGUUGAUAUCUGUUGUUGGCAAUCUUCUUCUUGUCUACACAUUUUGCAGACGGGAGCGGCUAAGAAAAAAGGCUGCCAAUUUGCUGACUAUACAUCUGGCGGUUAACAAUGCUUUUCUUGGCGUAAUGGCUUUGAGAAUUGGAGUGAAAAUGGUGCUAAAUCUAGGUGCAGAAGACCUAAUCAGCUGUCAAACGGAAGGCUUUCUAUUGUCGACAGUACACAUCAAUAUUAUGCUGACGAUUGCCGCCAUGUUCGGUGAUCGAUACGUCGUCAUUUGUAAAUCUGGAUCUGAAGAUUCGUGCUUGAGUAUGUGCCACUACAGACCAUCUAGAGUUGUUAUUUUAAUUUGGAUACACAGUGCAUUCUGGGCAUUUUGGCCACUCACUGCGGUUGUACCAAGCUAUGUGGAGGAGACAUUGAUUCCAUGUUGCAUAUUCGACCGACACAAUGCAACACUGCUCAAUAUAUUGUACCUUGUCGCAAUGUCUUUGUCAUCUUUCGUAUUGCCUCUCAUGUUCGUCUGCUUCAGCAUGAGUCGGAUAUUCGAAGAAGUGAAAAAUAGUUCAGAGUUGAUCAGAAUGCGAAAAGGAAGAAGAUAUCUGACCCAAUCUAGAUCAGUAUGUAGCGGGACAGAUGCUUCAUAUACUGAAGGAAGAGAUCUACCACAGCAAAAUUCCGAAAAAACAAAAGGCGCAACAGGCUCGAAGGCGUCGACAACAGUAUUUCAACGUUCGGCGACAGAUGUCCCAUCAACAAUCGUGGAGGUUACGUCACAGAACAUGUCGGAGAAGGCACUGAUCAGUCGGACGAAAAAUUAUUCUUACACACCGGAAAAGGCUGUUUUAAGAUCGGCUGUAAUACUGGUUGCGACGUUUUCGAUAUCUUGGACACCAUUCUGCUUGGUAUGUUUUCUGAACGUCGCGGGAAUCGGAGUCAACUACUACUUGGUGGUGUUGUCGUACCUCCUGGCAAAAGCAUCAUGUGUCCACAGCUCGUAUGCAUAUGCCACUCAUCACCAUUUUAAAGCAACUAUAAAAUAUAUUACCUGUAGAGCAUGCCAUGGAUUAUUGGGAUUAUAAAACUAAAUUGACGACGAGAAAUGUCACGAAAAUUGUUUUCAGACUAUCGUUCUUUAUUGUUUCCAAUAUGAACUUCGUUUCUUUACAAGUUAGUAUUAUUGCAUUUUAAAUAUGAUGAGUUUUAUUUUGUAAGUUGCUUGAUGAAUUGAUUAUGUUGCGUGAUUAUUAUUUAAAUGUCAAAUAAACUGGUAUUUCCAAUUUAUGAUAACUAUACUCUGUUAAAAUUCAAAUUGAAAAAGGAAAUAUUGUAAUGGUCAGAAUUGAUGUGUUAUUAUGAAUUAUAUAGAAUCUGAUAUAGCGCUUGCUCGACAUGGCAAUCAGGAACGAUGGUUUAUCUCGCUUUUAGCUUUAUUCUUUACUCUGUCCCAAAAGUGAAUG